ACGCCACCCCUCCACGCGCCGCUGGGGACAGAGGCGCAGCGACUCGGCCGGAGCAAGCAGCUGGCUUGCGGGGCAUCGCACCCCGGCCCGGGACUCGGAAGACGAGCCGGGUGGGGCUCUCAGCCUCCGCACUAGCCGGCGGAGCCCGGACUGGCUCCUGAAGUUCCCCGGGCUGGAGAUUCUUCGACCGCAGUGCUGCGAUGGUCUCAGGUCAGCCUCAGCUCCUGUGCUCCAGGCGUCUGCAAGCCCCCGCCCGGUCCGGGCGCUAAGGGAGCUCUUCCCGCUUCCCUGCACCUUCCCGAACUCCGCGGAGUGUCUUUACACCGUAUUCUGAGGUCCGAGGCCAGGAGGGCCGUGGGGGACAUCCCUCACGGUGCAGGGAGACGCUGGGCCACCAGCUGGUCUCCAGUAGCAGACAAGCAGCAGCUUUGAGCCUGGGAAGGAGAAACACGUGACAUUUGCAUUUUACAUCUGGUGGCACCACCAAGAGCUCUUUACGCGUUUUGUAGAGUUGUGCGGUGGGUGCUGAAGCACACCGCAUUCUGUUCUAAGCGUUACAGUCUCCAGAUGCCCCUUCCUACCGGCUCUAGAAGUGCGGUGGGGAGGAGCCUCUCUGCCGGCUCUGUCCUCCCGCCAUUGGGGAGAAUCACGGGCAUUUUGAAUCUUAAAAUUGGACUGCAUGUUUAGAGGUUGAAAAAGACUAUUUGGAUCAUACAGCAAUGCAGAAACUCACUAGUUUACAAAAGAACAGCUGGAUCCAAAUUGAUGGAAUAAGCAAAGGUGACCGUGCAGAUGGCUUUCCACUUUUAAAAGAUUUUGCGUUGGCCUAAUUUCCAAAUAGUCUCCCCCACUUUUCUUUUUUUUUCCUCCCUUCUGAGGAGAAUCACCUUCCUGGAGUUUGCUUUUCAAAGAGAUGUCCUUCAUUUCCUGGAGAAGACUGGAUAGAACAUUUACGCCUCAAAGGCACAGGGAAAGAAUGCAGGCUCCUCCAAGAGGGCUUGUUUCCUAAAUCUAAAAUUUUACAAUACCUACAAGCUUUGACAGAUUAGCAGGGGAGGUUUGGGGAUUGAUAAAAAUGACAGAUGGCUUUUGAAUUGCUUCUAGAGCUACGUUUCUGUACUUGUAAAGUCUGAAUUUUUAAGACAAGGACAGUUCUUCUUAAUUCCUCAAAGAACUGGGUUGCAACCUGUAUGACUUCAAAGGGCUGACCAGGCACUAUAGACAGAGAUCCAGAAGGCUGAUUCUGAACGCACAUAUGAUCUGAUGGGGUUUUGGAGACUAUCCAACUGCAGCACUGAAGCUUAGUUUUAAGUUUCUCUAUUGUGUCAAAAUGCAACAACAUACUUUGAGCUACAACUGGAUCUAAAGGUUGGAAGAGGCUCUUUACUAGCCGUUUUACCACCUUUAUAAACAUUUUUUCCCCACCAAAAUUGUGAAAAAUGCAUGUGUCUAUCAGGAGGUGUUACAUAUGAAAUUCUAGUUCUUCUUCAUUCUCCAUCAACAGAGCAGUUCCCUAUGAUGUUCUUUCUCUCUCUUCCAGCCUCAAAAUUUGAGAAAAUGUCAGAUCCCCAGCUCAAGGGUAUAGUGACCAGGUUAUAUUGCAGGCAAGGCUACUACUUGCAAAUGCACCCCGAUGGAGCUCUCGAUGGAACCAAGGAUGACAGCACUAAUUCUACACUGUUCAACCUCAUACCAGUGGGACUGCGCGUUGUUGCCAUCCAGGGAGUGAAGACAGGGUUGUAUAUAGCCAUGAAUGGAGAAGGUUACCUCUACCCAUCAGAACUUUUUACCCCUGAAUGCAAGUUUAAAGAAUCUGUUUUUGAAAACUAUUAUGUAAUCUACUCGUCUAUGCUAUACAGACAACAGGAAUCUGGUAGAGCCUGGUUUUUGGGAUUGAAUAAGGAAGGGCAAGUAAUGAAAGGAAACAGAGUAAAGAAAACCAAACCAGCAGCUCAUUUUCUACCCAAGCCAUUGGAAGUUGCCAUGUACCGAGAACCAUCUUUGCAUGACGUUGGAGAAACGGUCCCGAAGGCCGGGGUGACGCCGAGUAAAAGCACAAGUGCGUCUGCAAUAAUGAAUGGAGGCAAACCAGUCAACAAAAGUAAGACGACAUAGCCAGAUCCUCACAGGUGUUGUGACUUACUCGUCCUGAGCACAGUUGAGUGAUUUAUCCUUGCCAGACAUUCCUGCUCCUGUGGCUGAGGAGCAGCUGGAAGUAAGCCCAUGCUUGCUCUUGGCUGUCUCGAACUUCUUGGUUGCAAGUGGAUAAAUCUCAACCUGUUGCACCCCCAGAACAAGAAGACACCUGGAUAACCAGCUAAACUCAGACCAUGGAAUGCCCUACCAGAUAUGGAAUGCCUUUUUAAUAUCUUUUCUGUGACCGUGACACUUCAUGUGAAUGACAUACUUCACAAGUACACUCGAUACCUUGCCUGCUGACAGCUACCCAUAAUCCUUUUUGAGUCCUGUUUCAGCGAAAUCCAUGUGUUUAAGUUCAAUUUUGUAGCACACGAAUACUAUUGAGUAAUUUCUAGUUAGACGCUGUAAACCUGUGCUAUUAUGGAUUUCUCUUCUCCCCGUUUUUACAGGGCUGCUCGCGCCACUGUCUGUGACCUUUUGCAGGAAUUGUAUUCCUCUAAAUCUUAAAUGUUGCAGUUGGCCUAGUUCGGAGAGCGAUCAGGGAAUCAGGAAGCCUUCUAAACCUAUUAUUACAAAUUGCAUCUAUAAAGAUUUAAGAGUGUUGUCUCCGGCUCCCACUAUCGAUUAAACACACAUAUACGAUCUAUCCAGUAGCAGAUACCGUGCUCCUGAGGUUGGCGUUGCCGGGGUGAGAAAUGGGUCAAACACAGUCCCAGGGGGGAAGCUCUCUACGAUACGUGUUUGACACCCCCCUAUAGUUUCUUUGUGUGUGUGUGUGUUUUAUACAUAUCACAAGCUUACUGGUAAUGGUAACAUUUGCCUUGCCCAGCGAGCAAGACCCACUGGUUUUUGAGAAAGUGGGUCCAAAGAACUCUGUAGGCCUUGUAGGCCUGAUUAAGGUUCAUUUUUCAUCUACUGAUCCUCAUUAUUUGGAAAAAAGAAAAAAAAAAAGAAAAGAAAAUUCAAUGAUUACAACCUACAAGAGUU